UGUGACAGCACAAUAAUUUAUGAAAAACAAGGGUAAAUAUUUUUGCAAUUAUAUGCAAUUAUACACAAUUUCGUGUCACAUUUCAUGUCAAUGUAGAGAUAUUAUUAACUACAAUGCAACAAAUAAUUGAGCUAAUAUAUAAACACAUUAAAAUUUCUCAAGAAAGCAGUUUGCAAAAUGAGUGAUAUUAGCACAAAAUUCAAACUUCCUGACCGAUAUGGAAGUCCUGGCCCGAAUAUUUGAUUUUGCACCACCGAAACAUGUAACUGAAGCAUUAGCAGAUGUAGCUAGAAGCGAUAAUGUAUUGCUUCAUCAAUACACCAAAGAAUACGGUCAUCCUAGAUUGGUUAAUAUCCUCUCAAAACUUUACUCUAAACUGAUAAACAGAGAAAUCAAUCCAGACACUGAAAUGCUUAUAUCAGAAGGUGCUCAACAAGCUCUGUAUAAUAUUUUUAAUGGAAUACUUGAUUAUGGUGAUGAAGUGAUUGUUAUUGAGCCAUUUUUUGAGUCUUAUGAGCCAAUGAUCAGAGAAACUGGUGCCAAACCUAUUUUUAUACCACUGACACAUAAUGGAAGUAAUAAUGGUUGUGUAUUGACAACUAAUGAUUUUCACUUAGACAAAAAAGAGUUGGAAAGUUUUCAAUAUGGAGGAAAUGCAAAUGAUUGCAGAUUUAUGCAAAAAGUGGAAUGUUUUAUGUAUCGCUGA